GUGAGAACGGAUCUAUGAGCUGCAGCUCUGCUGAGAUGAGUGGAGUUAUGCUGUCUGACAUGUUCUUCCAGGACGACCAGCCACCCUCCAGAGAGCGCCGUGCGGCUACCUGUGUCCCCCCUCUGAGGCGUGUUGGGUGUGAGGGAGGGGAGGAGGGUCUGGAGUGUUCUAGAACCUGCCAGAAUCUGGACCUACCCUGUCUCAGUCUGGCCUGUAUCCCCGGGUGUCUCUGUCCCAGCGGCACGGUUCGACAUAGGAGAGAGUGCAUCACUCCAGAGCAGUGUCCGUGCUACCAUAACAACAGAGCAUAUGCACCUGGACAGAGCAUCAAUAUGGACUGUAACACCUGUAUGUGUGAGAACAGACGUUGGAGCUGUACAGCGCACGUGUGUGAUGGUGUCUGUCGUACAGUGGGAGAGGGACAUUACAUCACCUUCGACGGUCUCCAGUACUCCUUCCCUGGGCUUUGUCAGUACGUCCUGGUGCAGGACCAGUGUGGAGGAGACGAGGGGUCAUUCAGGGUGCUUGUGGAGAAUGAGGCCUGUGGGGUCGUAGGUCAUCGCUGUGCUAAAGCUGUUACAGUCUACUACCAGGGAGGACUCAUAACUAUGGAGAACGGACAGGUGAGGAUGAAGAAGCCAGUGAUGAAGGGUGUUGAGGUGGAGAUCAUUCGCUCUGGUCAGUUCUUCAUCCUGCUGCUGGGGAAACACAUCUCUAUCAGCUGGGACCUGGGGACCCGCCUGCUGGUACACAUCUCCUCACAGUACAGGGAGCGUGUGUGUGGUCUGUGUGGCAACUAUGAUGGAAACGUGAACAACGACCUUCUAAGCAGCAACAACCAGCUAGAGGUCGACUCCACCCACUUUGGAAACUCCUGGAAGGUUAAACCCAGCUGUGCCGAUGCAACAAAGCUACCCCCUCCCUGCAGUGAUAACAUAGUGAGAUUGGUGACUGUGGAACAGUCCUGUCGUGUUCUAACCAGUGCCCUCUUCAGAGCCUGCAACAGUCUG